AUGAUGCAUGUCAAGUCCUUGUCACACCUCUGCUCCUCCACGGAAGUGGGCAAGGGCAUGCUCUGCCCCGCCAUUCACAUCUGGCGCAGCUACGGUGUGCAAGUCGCGAAGGGCGAGGUGUUUGGGCGCAUAGACGUGUUUCGCAGCAUGCAAGCACGGGUGGAUGGCAUGAGUGUCACCGCCACCUACCGCUUUGUCAACCCCUUUCACCCAUUCACCCUUCCUGUUUCCCUCCCCUCUUCCUCCACCCUCCAGGGCGAGGUGUUUGGGCGCAUAGACGUGUUUCGCAGCAUGCAAGCACGGGUGGAUGGCAUGAGUGUCACCGCCAUCUACCGCUUUGUCAACCCCUUUCACCCAUUCACCCUUCCUGUUUCCCUCCCCUCUUCCUCCACCCUCCAGGGCGAGGUGUUUGGGCGCAUAGACGUGUUUCGCAGCAUGCAAGCACGGGUGGAUGGAAUGAGUGUCACCGCCACCUACCGCUUUGUCAAUUCGCCAGGGGUUAUUCGCAUUGGGGAGAGCGGGUAUGGGCCAGAGCUGGUGCGGGCAAACAUUGUCAUCUCAAACAACGAGGCAUAUGGAGUCGAUACACCCAUUGUGAUGCACUUGGGAGCGGUGGGAGUGACAGUGAUCAACAAUUUCAUUCACGACUUUGGCUUUGCGGGUAUCCGGUGCGGCGCGGACGUGCACUAUGCGGGCGACUGCAUGCUGACCAACAUCUCGAACAACAUCGUUUACAACUGGCGCCGAAAUUCAUCGGGGGAUGUGGACUCGGCAGGGAUCUACUACUGCACGCACUGGUUCAGCCCUGGCAACGUUGCAGAGUGCAACUACAUAGCAGGCGGAGACCACUGCUACUACCUGGACUAUGUGACAUCAGGCGUUGUGAUCCGCGGGGGUGCAUGCAUCAACACGUACGAUGGCAUCAAAGUCAACAACGGCAAGCUCAACGUGAUAAAGCACGUGAUUCUGAAGAACGUGGUGGGGAUUCCGGGGUGGUGCACGUGCUUCACGCCCACCAUCAACAACUGCCGAAAGGACCCCGGCACUUUCUGGGAGAACAUGCGUCUCAAAUACUACGACACUGAGCUGUUCCGCAGGCUCUGGCCGUGGGAUUCGGCUCCUAUGGGGAGGAAGGGAGGAGGCUCCGUGAAGGUUGGCAAGGGCGGUAAAGCGGCCAAGAGCCGCGGAGGAAGCGGCGGAAGAAACGGCGAAGAAGGCGGAGAGGGAGCGAAGAAGAAUGGGACGGAGGAGACCUCAAACACAGAUGCUGGCGCCAAGGACGGCAAGGGGAAGAAAGGCAGGGGGAAUGUCAAGGGGAGGAAGGGGAAGGAGGGGAGGGGCACGUACAAAGGGGGAGGAGGAGGCGUGUGGGAGCAGCUGAGGGCGUUGGGGCUGUGCAUUCGGGAAGUCAGUGCAGACGGAAACUGCUUUUUCAGAGCAGUGUCAGAUCAUGUGUUUGGGAAACAGUCCCAGCACGUGGAGCUCAGGCAACAAGUGGUAGACUACAUUGAGUCACACGAGGCUGACUUUGCUCCCUUUGUGGAGGACGACAUGGGCUUUAAGGAGUACUGCAGCAGCAUGCGCGAGGACGGCACGUGGGGCGGGCACAUGGAAUUGCAGGCAGUUUCAUUGCUGUUGAAAAGAAACGCUUGCAUUCACCAGUUGCAGCAGCCGAGGUGGAACAUUGUCAACUUUGAUGACGCCAGCACUCCCACCAUCCACCUCUCAUACCACGACGGGGAUCACUACAACAGUGUGCGCAUGGAAGGAGACGUUGGGUCUACUCCAGCUCAAUCAAUCACCAUUCAGAGUGGCAGUGGCAAGAGCCAGGCGUCACAAGCAGGGGCGUCUGCACCUGCAACACCAGUCUCAGCCGCAGCAGCAUCAAGUGUGGAUGAAGGGGCGGUGAAGCUUGUCAUAUCCUCCACGGGCUGCCAUGACCGCCAAACAAUCAUCCAGACCUUGGAUGACCUGGCAGGUGACGUGGAUGCAGCCAUAGAGUACCUCAUCGCCGUUCUAGCCAAUGAGACGACGCCACGUGGCGAUUCACAGCAUGCAGCACCCUUCUCCUCAUCCUCAGUCUCUCCGGCACCUGUGCAAGCAGAAACACCAGCAACAGCAGCAGCGGGUAGCCUUGAUACUGCAUCAAUAGCAUCAGCAUCCACAGUAGCACUACUCCCCACAGCAACAGCACCAUCCGAAACAGCACCACCACUUGAUACAGCCACACUUAUUACAAGCAAACCACUCGCAACACUGGAGGCAGCAGCGCUUCCAGGCAGAGCCGUUCCCAGCGCUGAGUGCAGCGAGCAUCAGCAAAUUGUCCCUGCAGCGCAUGCAGCCGCAGCAGCAGUGGAAGUAAAUGCUGCUGCAGUUGGAAAUGGUUGUGGUUACAUGCAGGCGAGUUCUGCUGCCGUGCCUGCUGAUGCUCCUGCUGCCGAUGCAAGUGUAACGGGUGCUCUUGCUGGUUCAGUCCCUCCUGCCUCUGUAAAGGCAUCUGCGUCACGGCCGUCGCAUUCCGUCGCAAUACCCCUCCCCAAGGUCGCACCGUCUCUAUAA